UCAUUUAAUUGUGGCCGGCCAGUGAUAGUUAUCAAGUUAUCCUUCAGUUGCUCCUCCAACUGACCUUAUAUUAUAUCUUGAUGUCUUUAUGAUAAUUUUCUGCUUCUGCUUUAGGUUGGUGGCUGCUUGUCUUUUUAUGAUAGUGGUUACUUGUCUUUUUAUUACGAGAAGGAACAUAGAGCUAAUUGGUCUCUGAUCAGAAGUCAAUAGGUUGAAAAAAGCCCAACCACCCGCGUAAGUGGAGUUUCAAGAUCUGGGAUACUAUCAAGUUUCAAUUCUUGAGCCUGGAGACAGAGAAUGGCUUAUGCUGCUGUAGUUCUGUUUAUGCAGAGUCUGGAACAAAUCCUACAACCUGAUUAUUCACAUCUGCUUCAUCAUGUGAGCAAAGACCAGAUAGAAUCUCUUCGGGAUGAAGUCAACUUUCUGAAACUCUUCCUGCAUGAGGAUUCAGACGAGAGAGAGCAUGAUCAUCAAUUGGAGAUACAGAUAAGGGAUGCGGCUCACAAGGCAGCAGAUUUCAUCGAUUCACGCCUGUACAUCAGCCAGGCCCGGCGGGCCGCUUGCUCGCCGGAAGAGAGUAUUGGGUGGAAGCAGAUUUCCCUGAUAGCCCACCAAAGCUUUUCCCAAAUAGUUGAAGAGAUCAAGUCCAUCAAGUCUGAGGUUGUGCAAUUGUUUGAAAAGAAGAGCAUAUCUGACAGGAAGUUUACUAUGCCUUCAGAUUUCACACCAAUUGCGGAGGAGGAUAGUAAUAAGCUGGUGGGCCUCGACGCUUACAUUCUAAAACUGCUGCAUCAACUUAGCGGAUUUCCGUUGGAUCGGCAAGUUAUUCCCAUUGUGGGGAUGGGCGGAAUUGGUAAGACGACUCUUGCUGAAAGAAUUUACAAUGAUCCCUUCAUCAUUUAUCAUUUUUAUGUCCGGGCAUGGAUCACUAUACCUCAGAAGCAUUUAAUGUCUCAACCAUAUCGAGUGAGAGAAAUGUUUUUGGGGCUUUUGAAAUGUUUUGCGAAUGUCACGUACAAUACUAGCCAGAUGAGUAAUGAAGAAUUGGGGGAGAAAGUGUACAAAGCCUUAAAAGGCAUGAGAUACUUGGUGGUCUUGGAUGAUAUGUGGCAAACCAGGGACUGGGAUAUCCUGACGAGGUUCUUGCCGGAUGAUAAGAAUGGUAGUCGAAUAAUGUUGACUAGUCGGCUGGGUGAUAUUGCUGCUUAUGUUGAUCCUACAAGUUCUGGUCAUCACAUGCAUUUCCUCCAAGCUGCUGAAAGUUGGGAGCUUUUGGAGAGUAAGCUGUUCCCAAAAGAAAGCUGUCCUCAAGAAUUGAUCGAAGUCGGGAAGCGAAUUGCAGUUAAAUGUCAAGGGCUGCCACUAGCCAUUGUUGUAGUUGCCGGGAUUUUGAGUAAGAUGGACAAGACACCGGGAAGUUGGACGAGAUUAGCAGAGAGCGUAGAUCAGUCAAUUGUUGCUGAAGAUCCAGAACACUGCAUGAACAUACUUGCCUUGAGUUACAACUACUUGCCUAAUUUCUUAAAAGCUUGUUUUCUUUAUAUGGGAGCUUUUCCAAAAGACUAUGAAAUACCUGUGUCAAGGCUGAUAUGGCUGUGGAUAGCGGAAGGGUUCGUGCUGCCAGUAAGAAGCAAAUGCUUAGAAGAUGUUGCAAAUGAUUACUUGGAGGAUCUUGUCAACAGAAAUCUGAUUCUAGUGGGAAAAAGAAGGUUGAAUGGUCGAAUAAAAACUUGCCGGAUUCAUGAUCUGUUGCGCGACUUGUGCAUGAUAGAAGCUCGGAAUGAAAAUUUUCUACAUGUGAUAGAGCGAUACGCCCAAGCUUUUCUAAUGGGAGCUGUUGCUCCCAGGCGUAUUAGCCUUCUUCAUGCAAAUAUCGUUCACUUUAAAGUGCGUCCAAUGCCACUCACACGUAGUUUUCUCUUGUAUGAUAUACAAAAAAAUCUGCCUGACAUGUUUCUGUUGGAAGUCAUGGAUCGGUUGGACUUCAAAUUGCUCAGAGUCUUGGAUAUUGAACUUCUACAAUCUAAUCAUUUUCCCAUUGAGAUAGUAGAGUUAAUUCAUCUACGGUACUUGGCGCUUGCAAUUAAUUGUGAGCUUCCCAGAUCAAUAUUCAAACUUCAGAACCUACAAACUUUGAUCAUCGAUCACAUCUGGGAAGGUCAGUAUUUGCCAAGGGAAAUUUGGAUGAUGCCACAGCUAAGGCAUAUCCGUUUGAAAAGGGGUUGCUAUUUUCCACUUCCUUAUAGCAGGGGAAUUAAAGAGAAGAGUCAAUUUGUUCUACAAAACCUGCAGACUAUUUCUACAUUAACAGGACCAUUCAGUUGUUCUAAAGAAGUCUUUGCCUGUCUUCCUGCACUAAAGAAACUGGAAAUCUUUGCUACCGAAAGCAACUCCAAAGCUGAACAGACGUCUGAAUACUUCAGCAAUCUUGCUUCUCUGAAUCUACUCGAAACGUUGAAGUGUUCUUUUCUCUAUAGACCUAGAAAGCAUCGGCUGCCUAGUGGUGAUCACUUCCCUGCAAACCUGAAGAAACUGACACUGAGUGGUAGCUUUUUGCCAUGGGAAGAUAUGGCUAAACUUGCAGUGUUACCCAAGCUUGAGGUUCUCAAACUAAGAUCGUUUGCGUUUGAGGGACAGAUAUGGGGAGCAGUUGAAGGGGGGUUCUUUCAACUAAAGCUUUUACUAGUAGAGAAUUCAGAUCCAAUGAGCUGGGAUGCAGAUGCCUCCCACUUUCCAAGCCUUCAGCAGCUGGUCCUAAGGGAAUGCCACCGCCUAACGGAAAUCCCACAAGGUAUUGGAGACAUAACGACACUCCAGAUGAUUGAAGUUCAAGACUGUAGCUUCUACAUCGUACGUUCUGCCAGAAAAAUACAUCAACAGCAACAGAUAUUGGGCAACGAUGAGCUCGGAAUACGAAUAAUUACCACUUCUGGAGAUAACCAUUCGGCGAGUCCUCUUCAUUUUCUUCAGGCAGAAAGUUAGCAACUUGAGCAUUCAUUGUCAUAGGAUGCAUUAUCUGAUAUAUAUAUGAUGAGUUGUAUCUUUCUGUAGAGGCCUUGCCUUGUAUGUCUGCCUUCAAUUAUUCUCAGCAAUUGCAGAAAUUGACAAGAGAUUAUAAUGCAAAUGGGAGGAGCUUUCAGAGGCCAAACUUGAAAUAUUCCUUC